CUUACGUCGUCAACAUCCGUUUUCGUUCUGAUUUGACUGGAUUUCACUUUUUAUUUGUAUUUAGGAAAAGAUUUUCUUCGAUUAUGUCUUGGGGACAACAACCUGGUCAAUAUGGUGGAUAUGGUCAAGCCCAGCAACAACAGUAUGGAGCCCCGACACGAGGACCAGCUCCUGGGUAUGGAGCCCCACCCCAGGGGUCUGCUCCUCCUAGCUAUUCUUCAGCUCCUCCACAACAACAGCAGCAGGUGCCGCCUGGCUAUGGUCAACAGGGGGCACCUCCUCCACAGUAUGGGCAGCAGCAGCUGGGAGGGUAUCAACAACAACCUGGCCAGCCCCCUAUGUAUGGUCAACCUGCGGGAUACGGGGGGAGCGCUCCACCUCCCCCAGCUGUGUAUGGUCCUCCUGCACCUCCAGGAGUUAGUGCAGAACUGUGGCACUGGUUUCAGGCGGUUGACCAGGAUAGGAGUGGAAAGAUCACUGCUGUCGAGCUGAGACAGGCUCUGUUGAAUGGCAACUCCUCGCCCUUUAACCCUGAAACCUGCAGAAUUAUGAUUGGAAUGUUCGACAAAGACAAGAAUGGGACGAUAGACGCUCAGGAGUUUGCUGCUCUGUGGAAAUAUGUACAAGAUUGGAAAGGAUGCUUCGACAGGUUUGACACGGACAGAUCGGGAAACAUUGACGAGCGGGAACUUAGUACUGCCUUCCAGACAUUUGGAUAUCGGCUGUCUCCACAAUUUUGUAACAUUGUCAUCCGGUCAUUUGACAAACGAGGUUCUCGGACAAUAAAUUUUGAUGAUUUUAUUCAAGCCUGUGUGAUGCUUAAAACAUUGACGGAUAAAUUUCGAGUGAAAGAUACGCAACAACGAGGGAUGAUAAACAUUAGUUACGAGGAGUUCCUGGAAAUGGUGUUGGACAAUACAUUAAUGGGUGUGAAAUAGGAAGUAUGAUCUGUGAUCUUUUCAAACCAGCGGUCAACCAUCGGUCAUCUGCUGGUCAGUAAUCAGCUGACCAACUACCUGUAUCAGCAUUGAAUCAAGUAGAAUGGGUGUCGACCAAACAUACAAAGGCACUUUCGGACAUUCUCCAGACAGGAUAAGUAGAGUAAGGGGGGAGGGAGGGGGGGGGGGAUAUUCUGAACAUAUUACGAAAAAAAAUUCCCCAUGGUAGGUCUUGGGUCUUUCAAAACAAAUUUGCCCUCCCUCAUAUAGAUUUGUUAAUUUUGAUAUUUUGUAGCCAGCUUUAAUCUGUCCUCAUAUGAGUAUAAGUAUAAAACGAAGGUGAAGUGAGAACGGUAAAUGUAGUAGAUUGUAAUCUUGUUCAAUAAUACCUGCUUUUAAAGUUCAUAGUAGAUUGUAGUCCUCGAAAAAUGGUGAAUUUACAGGUGCGAAUGAUUUUCUGUGUCAAAUGAGUUAGUAGAGGCAUUAAUCAGUUCUCCUCUUUUCGGAUGAUUUACCAUAAUUUGGUAAACACGAAUCAAUUUAUGUACUAACCUUUGGUUAUCAUGAUAAUCAGUUGUAUUCAAUAUCGUAGAGUGUGUUUAUAUAUCAUAUCAAAUGUAUACCAUAUUUUUUGUACAUUUCGUAAUUGAUUUUGCUUAUUAAUUAAAUGCACUUCAGGGAUUUGUAAUCCCCCACUGUUAACUAUAUUUUUCUUGAACCAUUCCAUGUAUCUGCCAAUAUAUGCCCAAGGGUGGAUUUUUUUUUACACAUGUAGCAUUUUCAGCUGGAUACUGUGUGCACAAAUCACAUGAUUUUAUGGCUAUAAAACAGGGGGUUUCCUUUCGCCUCCAUGCUCAUGAUUACUAACUAGCCGUGUCAAACACAUUGACAGCUAAAUUAUCUCAAACUGGGAUUCAGUGCCAAGUGGUAAUUUUUUUUUUCUUUUGAAGUUUCAUAUUUUUCUAGAAAUAAAUUGCUUUCCUGCUGUUGAUCUAGUAGAUGCUUGGCUUGUUGGUAGAUGAAAAGUAUUUUUUUCUUAACGAGUUCACCUACCUUAAGGAUAAGCCAAUUUAUGCUGUGGUGUGUCGUCUAUCUGUUCACCGUCUCCAGUCUUUCACCUUUUCAUCUUAAAGAUAAUUUUUCUAGAAUGGCUGAAUGGACUUUGGUGAGGAGCAUCUAAAGGCCAAGAGGAAGUGUAUAAAUGAAAUGGUAGGUGUGGCUCUGAAUCUCUUAGAGGUAAAUGUUUGAAACAGAUUUUUUUGUGGACAGAUUUUAACUCAUUCACCCCUAAAGACACAUUUGAACUGUUCCAAUUCAAAGGUUUUCCCCAGAAAAUAUCCUAUGAGGAACUAAGAUAUGAUUAUAACGGUCGACAAAGAUUUGAGGAUAAGGGUAAAUUGUGGAAUAAAUGUAUCGGUAUUUCAUUACUAAAUUUUCCUACUGUUAUUUUAUUGACAUCAGCUUGUGUCAUAUUCAACAUUAUACAAGUAAGUAAAGACCAGGCGACUUAUUCAGGCCCUUUGGACCUCUUGAAACUGCUACAUUAUUUGUUAUUGGACAAAACCGUUGCUGAUGAUUCAAUAUUGAUUUGCUCAGAUAUUUUCGUUCAAAUUGAACAUAUUUGAAAAAAAUCAUUUUAAGCUUGUUAACACCGGUCUUUUUUGUCUUGUGUUUCAUUUAAGAAAUGCUGUGUUGUGACUUUUUUUCAUCAAAUGAUAUAGGUACCGGUACGUGUCUAGAACGAAUGUUUCUUCUUCUGAUGGGACAAAUUCAUAGGCCACAUAUCAUUAUUUUGUUUUUGAAAAAAAAAGGGUUUUCUUAGAAAUUAUCUGGUUUAUUUAGAACAGGUUAAAAAAAUUCAGAUCAGAAAACAUUGUGAAUAAUGGUAUUUAUCUGUAAGACGCAAAUUGUUUUAUUGAGAGUGUUGUAUUACAGGAAAUUUUAUAGAGAUAUUGGAAAUAAAAUUUGUAAAUAAGGACGAACACCAGAUAAAAUUAAAUUGAUCUAUACAUAUGUAUAGAACUGUAAGAAUUAUAUAUAUAUCAUGCUUUUAUGAUACACAUGGAUUAUAAAUCUUGUUUCCUUUUUCCAUCUUCAUUUACACGUACGUAUACACAAAAUGUACAAAAAAUGUUUACGUUCUAGUAUCAAAUAUAUCUUUGGUCAUGUGUAUAUCAUUUUGUAAUA